UUUACCUGGGAUCUUCUUUCUUUCUGAGGGAAACCAGAGCUUGGCGGAAGUAGAGGAGGAAGGAGUCAGAGAGAGAGAGAGAGAGACGGAAAGAAGGCCUUCCGGUUGCCCUCCUCCAAGAAGCAGCGAGUUCGGCUGCCUUUCUAGAGAGGGCUGAAGCGUUCAGAAGGCGGAGGAAAGGGGGAGAGUGACGCAUGCGCCGUGGCGCCCUCAGCUCCGAAGCGUUCCGCCGAAUCCCAUUGGUACCCUCUGAAUGAAUCUUGUGAAGAAAAUCUUGUAACCGCUUUGCUUUAGGGUUGUCCUCAGUCCAGAAUGACUUAAUGGUAUACAAGAAGGAAAGAAGGAAGAGAAAACAUAGAAAUCAUACAUCUGUAAAAUCAAGGGGGAAAACACACAAGAUUGUUCUGCAGAAAUCUUGAUUUCCAACAAAAACUAGAGAGUCUACAGAAAAAUCAAAGACUGAGAAGGAAAAAAAUCGUGUCAUGUUCAAGACGGUUGGAUGAAGUUCUAACAUAUUUGAAUCUAUAAAUGUAAAAGAAUGGAAGAUUCUCUACAUCCCUAUCCCAGUGAACAGACAGGGGAGAAUCUAAAUCAGGGUAUGGAAUGUGGAAAGAACCUCAACCAGAGUAAACAUCUAUGGCACCAACAAAGGACCCACAUGGGGGAGAAGCCAUAUGAAUGCAAGGAAUGUGGAAAGAGCUUCACACAAAGUCGAAUUCUGCGUAUCCAUCAAAGGACCCACACAGGGGAGAAGCCACACAAAUGCAAGGAGUGUGGAAAGAGCUUCACGCGAAGUGGAAUUCUGCGCGUCCAUCUAAGGACCCACACAGGGGAGAAGCCACACCAGUGCAUGGAAUGUGGAAAGAGCUUCACAGUAAAUGGAAAUCUGCGUAUCCAUCAAAGGAUCCACACCGGGGAAAAGCCAUAUGAAUGCCUGGAAUGUGGACAAAGCUUCAGUCAGAGAGCAGCUCUGCUUCGUCAUCAAAGGACCCACACGGGGGAGAAGCCACACAAAUGCAAGGAAUGUGGAAAGAGCUUCACACGAAGUGGAAAUCUGCAUGUCCAUCAAAGGAGCCACACAGGAGAGAAGCCACACAAAUGCAAGGAGUGUGGAAAGAGCUUUCCAGGAAGUGGAAAUCUAUAUGUCCAUCUUAGGACCCACACAGGGGAGAAGCCAUACAAAUGCAUGGAAUGUGGGAAGACUUUCAGUCAGGGUGGUAGUCUGCACUCCCAUCAAAGGACCCACACCGGGGAGAAGCCACACAAAUGCAUGGAAUGUGGAAAGAGCUUCUCACGAAGUAGAGAUCUGCGUGUCCAUCAAUGGAGCCACAUGGAAGAAGCCACAUAAAUGCAUGGAAUGUGGCAGGAGUUUCAGUGGGAGUGAUGGUCUUUGCAUCCAUCGUUGCUGGAGUUCAGAAUGCUCUUUGAUUGUAAGCGAACUAUAAAUCCCAGCAACUAGAAAUCGCAAAUGACAAAAUCAACCAACCACACCAGUAUUCAAAUUUGGGUGUAUUGGGUAUUUGUGCCAAAUUUGGUCCAGUGAAUGAAAAUACAUCCUGCAUGUCAGAGAUUUACAUGAUGGUUCAUAACAGGAGCAACAUUAACAGUUACAAAGUAGCAACGAAAAUUAUUUUAUGGUUGGGGGGGGGGUCACCACAACAUGAGGAACUGUAUGAAGGGGUUGCUGUAUUAGGAAGGUUGAGAAGCACUGCUCUAGAUAAAGGUGAACUACAACUCCCAGAUCCAAGGUCAAUCACCCCAAAACCCCACCUGUAUGCACAUGUUGGGUCUGUGUCCCAUAUUUGGUCCAGAUCAG